AGCAUGUCCAAUAAUUUAUCAUCAAAACUUUUCUAUCCGAGAAUCCCUCAAAAGAAAAUCUUCGAAGUCGUUCCGGGAAAAUGUCGGGUCGUGGAAAGGGAGGCAAGGGUUUGGGAAAGGGAGGAGCCAAGAGGCACAGGAAGGUCCUAAGAGAUAAUAUUCAAGGCAUCACCAAGCCUGCAAUUCGUCGUUUGGCUCGCAGAGGUGGUGUGAAGAGGAUCAGUGGCUUGAUCUAUGAGGAAACUCGUGGAGUCCUGAAGAUCUUCUUGGAGAACGUGAUCCGUGAUGCUGUGACUUAUACUGAGCAUGCCAGGAGAAAGACAGUUACUGCGAUGGAUGUGGUUUAUGCGCUCAAGAGGCAGGGAAGGACUCUGUAUGGUUUUGGGGGUUAGGUUUUGUCUGUUUGUUUUCUGGCGGGGGUUUUAGGAUUUUAGUGUAUGGGAUUGUAGAUCUUUUCUUUAGAUCUGGUUUUUCUAGAGAUUAAAUUUGAAAUUACUGUAAUUGGCAUCUUUGUCUGAAGUAAUAGAAUCUAAUUUUCUGGGAGAA